AUGGGAAUUUCGAUAGUGAGGGUGGGGAAGGUACUUUUGUGGGUGGCUGUGGUGAUAAUGAGUUUCAUCUCUGACUCAUGCGUACAAGGAAUAAGGAAGAUGGAGAUGCAGAUCAAGAAGAAUAAGGGUGGUGAAGGUGAUGAUCAUGGCAACAACAAAUUAGGGAAAAAGGAGCCAGAGUGGUUCUUUGAUGGUCCUGCUGCAGGCAAUCCCAAUGUUCCUGGUGGGGUUAGUGGCGGUGGUGGUUUUGGAGGAGAGGGGAAAGGGUUUGGUUUUAGUUUUGGCGGGAAGGGAUCCUAUAGUUACAGCUAUGGUACUUCUGGGAAACCUGCCAAUGCAAUUGGUUUUGGAAAGCCUGACUGUGUUGGAAAAGGUGGCGGAGCUGGUGGUGGGAUAGGCAAAGGUGGAGGAGCUGGUGGUGGGAUAGGAAAAGGUGGCGGAGCUGGUGGUGGGAUAGGCAAAGGUGGAGGAGCUGGUGGUGGGAUAGGAAAAGGUGGAGGAGCUGGUGGUGGGAUAGGCAAAGGUGGAGGGUCUGGUGGUGGAAGCCACCAUAAGACUAAAAUAGAGAAGAAGCACCAUCAAGGUGGUGCUGGAGGUGGAAUUGGGGGAGGCAUCGGCAAAGGAAUUGGUGGUGGAGGUCAUGGUGCGGAAGGAGCUGGUCAUGGAGGCAUUGGCAAAGGAGGGGGUGUUGGUGGCGGCAUCGGCAAAGGAGGGGGUGUCGGUGGCAGAGAAGGGGAUGCCGGAGGAGGUGUUGGUGGCGGAGGAGCGGGUACCGGAGGCGGUGUUGGUGGAGGAAUUGGUGGUGGUGCAGGGGGUGGCAUCGGUGGUGGUGCAGGAGGCGGCAUAGGUGGUGGUGGUGCAGGGGGUGGCAUGGGUGGUGGUGGUGGUGUUGGGGGCGGAUUUGGUGGUGGUGGUGGUGGAGGAUUUGGUGGCGGUGCUGGUGGAGGAUUUGGUGGCGGGGGGGGUGGGGGUGGGGGGGAGGUUUUGGUGGGGGUGCUGGUGGAGGAUUUGGUGGCGGUGCUGGUGGUGUUGGAGGUGGAGGAGGAGGAGGAUUCGGGGGCGGUGGCCGUGGCGGUAUUGGUGGAGGCAUUAUUAAUAAUGGACAUGCAUAAUGUUUAA